UUCAAAUUUUAGAACGUUCAUUAAAUCUGUUGAGAACAAGUUGAGAACAAAUUAAUUUAGUUUUAACAACGUGAUGGAUAAUUUAUUACAGCCAGUAUUACAAAGUUACCCUAACUACAACGUUAAAAAAUGUGAAUGUCCGAGUUAUAUAGAAAUUUAUACCAAAAGCAAGAAAGAAAUAGUUCUCGUUUAUGAUAAUUUAAAGAAUAAACCGUUAACAAAUACUAUUAACAAAACGGACAAUAAAGUAACUGAGGAACUGGAGCUCACUGGUUCUCCUUUAAAACUAGAUUUGAGUCUGCAUACCGUCUUUGAUGAUACGCUUGUAUCAGAUGAACCUCAAUUAUGGAAUAAGGAAGAAGCAUUGCACCAACCAAUAGGCGUUGAAAAAGUCAGAGAGAUUGCAAACCUUUAUGGUCAGAGUCUAGCAUCAGUAUCAGAAGAGGAUGCAGUACCAAUGUGGAUUCUCACAAAUCCUUCAGACGAUGGCAAGCCGCUGUUACUCACAGUUCAAUCUGAUUCACACCACUUUACAAGGGGUAUUGUUUCAUACCAAGGUAGUGCAGCACUGGAUGAUGUGGACGUUGUAAAUCUAAUAGAAGAGUAUGCUGAACAGGAGAAAAUAAACACAGAAAUGAUAAAUGUACUUAUUGACUGCAAGUUUUUGAUAUCGGGCAUUUCCUAUGGCUGUCAUAGUACAGAUGAACUCCUUAAUGCACCUCAAACUGGAUUAACAGAGUUGCAUUGUGAGUGGCCAGAAAAACGAUUGCAGACACCUUUCAUUAGCUGUAAAGUACACUUGGAACAAGAAGUGAUUGUAGGCCACCUGAUGAGCCCAUGCAAUGCAAUAUGGAAGUCAGUGAGCGCACUGCACAACAUAAACCAGAUGUUGGUCGAUAUGACAGCUGCGGGUUACAGCACAGUCGAAUUGGACAGAGCUAUUGUGAGAAACAUAAUCCCUGGCGCUAAACGCGUCAACAACUCUAAACGGCUCAACAAUCUGCUCAACGAAACGGAGACAUAUGCUUAUACCUCGGAGUUUCCUGCUGGUGGAUGUUUGUGUGUUACUGAAGAUACUACUACCCUGAAGCAAUGUAUGGGAACGAUGAAUUCAAAUGGGUCGAGCAACGAUUUCACUUAUAAGUUAUGGGAUAUUCUUAGAGAUUGUGAAACGGCUGAAGAAGUAAUUACGCUACUGCUUCAAGCUCUCAAAUUUAUUUCGUCGGGAAAGAUACGACCUUUUAUUGACGCCAAUAACAAGACUUAUCUAUCGAAAUUAGUACUGAAACUGUCCCGUGGCCAUUCUCAAGCUACCAAAGUUCUCAAGAAUCUCAAAACCAGUCCGCCCCAAGCGUUGUCUUUGGUAGCACAAGUGGGUGCGGAGAAAACCAUGUGGGAAUACACUAAAAUAAUGUCUCUGUUGGAACAUUCUUACUAUAUAGCUGGGAUAUGGACUGCAGAAUCCAGAAGCCAUGAAUCGAUAGAACAGAUCAACCAAACUAUCCAAGACAUGACUAUGGGCGGUGAUUUCACACUGAAUCCGUUUGACACAUUCAAUGGGGGCGAACAUUCUAUACGUCUGGAUUGUGAAUCGUUUUGUGCUGAAGACGCUAAUGAAUUGACUGUGGAUGACUUUGCUUCGUUGAAAAAACACGGGCUGGUCGAUAAGAAGGACGUUAAUGAGGUACCACUUAUAGCUGAUGAAAUCGACAUUAGUCCAUGGAAGAAUCUCUUCAUGAAGUUCGCACAAGUGCAUGUGUGUUUGGAGCAUUUGUAUCGCGCCGAAACUUGUCUAAGAGCUGACUUUGCUAGUCUGAAACCGAUAGCGUCUCGUCUCCUAGAACACUACGUAUCAGAGAAGUCUCCGAUCAGAACAGUCGGCCAGCUAAUGUGCGACCCCAUACAGAAGAUAUCUAUGCCGAUAGCCAACAAUAUCGUGCAGGACCAUUUGAAAAAACCAGCGUUCUGGUACCGAGUGGAGCUGAUAAGGAAAGAAGCCGCUAAAGAUAUGGGCAUCAAACGUGAUUCCAAGAUGGUCUACGUUCUAUCUCAACAGCCUGUCUUUCCGCCUUCAGUGUGGCAAAAUUUGGAACCGUCUGUUGAAGAUGCAGCAGAAAUAACAACUAUGGGCGAAGAACUGAAAUAUCAUAUCACAAAAUACACUUACCUUAGCAACGAAGUUGUAUCGGAAAUCACAUUAUGAUUAAAUGAAAGCGCC